GUAUAUCUGCAGAGAGGAUAGGAAGCAGAGAACUAUUGAAGUUCUUGUUCGACAGGCUAGACCCCAACAGCAUGGUAAUCAAACUUGGCAAAAAUAGGGGAAUCCAUGUGACUCCCUUUGCCGUGAAGCAAGUGCUCGGCAUACCAGAUAGUGGUGAAGAUCUACCUCUACAAACAAACAACCAUGCAUCCAAGGCUCUGUCCAAACUCAAGAUUAUGUUGGAUCUUGAAGAAUCCCAGGACCUUCACGCGAGCCAUCUCCAAAAGAUCUUGAAGGAUGAUUUAGAGCUGUGCUCUAAUUUGAUUGAUGAUGAAAUGGCAAUAAGAUUUUUCUUUAUCAUUGCUUCUAACAAGCUCCUGUUUCCUAGCAUAGAUAACAACAUCAGAUGCAAGGAUAUUUACCUGACUAGGGACUUGCCUCGUUUAUCAGAUAUGAACUGGUGCAAGGCGGUUGUGGAUGACCUUAGACAUGCUGCUCAUGCAUAUCAUAUUGACAAGACAAAGAAAGGGACACCAUCGCUCCCUGGAUGUGCUAUAUUACUGAUUAUCGAACACAUGAACACUCCUCGUGCAAAGUACUUCGAUCAAAAUGUUAUACAAAAGAUCACUUCUGCUGAUAGGACCAAGGACCAACAAGGGAAGGCUACGUUUGGGCUAUUACCGCUUAAGAGUAGCAACAAUACUUGCUACUAUACGACCCAUCACCCAUUUUCAGAUGUGCCAGCAAACAAUGAACCAUUGGCUGCAUCUUAUUUCCCAAGUAUACUCGCAGAACUGGGUGGCUUUGUUGAUCAGAUUAAUAGCAGGACAAGGCAGUCGCAGGCAAGGGCAGCCCUGGCAAAGUUUGGUGCCAAAUCCAAGAAAGCGUCAAGCUAUAUGAACACGGUGCAUCUGAUGUUACAGAAUGCACACCAGGAAGUUAUACGAAAUCUGCGGGGCAAUUUUGCAGGACAAGGCACAUGGCAACAUUGGUCAAGAUCAUCAUCAUCAACCCAACACUUCUGAUACAGCUCAAGCCGAUGAUGUCAGCAUGCAUGGUAGCCGUAAUGGUCAUAACAUGGGAUCUGAACAUGUAUUUGACAAAGAGGUUCCAUCUGAAACAAGGGAAAAUGAGUUGCAUUCUGGUGGCCACCCUAAUCAGGAUAGGCCUUUGCAGUUCGCUCAAAACGGGGCACGAGAACCAGAUCUGCCAAACCAUGCAACUCUGCACCAUACCCAUGAUGAAACUUUCCCUCAGACUAAUAAUGUACAUUGUGAUAAGGACAUGGAAGGUGAACCUUCACUAGUUUCCUCUCAGGUCUGACUAGUGAUCAUGUACUACCUCCUGAUGUGGCUGAAGGAGACACAACAGCAGCCUUACCAAUUACUAGUGACCACACCAGCCAAGACAUCAACCACGCCACACCUAUGCAGUUGGAACAACACAUGGCUCUAGAAUCAGGGAUCCCAAUCCCUGUAGCGCAGCACAAUAACCAUGACGAUAGCUUCCCUCGUUCUGAUGUAAUUCACUUAACCUGAUUACUUUUUUGGUUGUCACUUUCAUGAUUUUUCCCUAAUUCCUCCUUGCUCCCUCCAAAAGAAUCACAAUAUUGAGGAUGAUAAGGAAAUUGAAGACGAACCUUCACCUAUCUGUUCUCAGGUUCCCAUAAAUGUAACCAUUGAUCAACUCGUGCCUCCUAUUGCAGCUGAAGGAGCUACUGGCCAAUGAACACUUCUAACAUUUACCACAAUCUAUUAAAUAUCUUACACAGAUUUUAUUUGACAAAUGCAGGUUCCCAUAAAUGUAACCAUUGAUCAACUCGUGCCUCCUAUUGCAGCUAAAGGAGCUACUGGCCCAGACAUUGCUGGCAUUGCAGGAAGCCAUCAUAAUGCUGAUGCUGCAACCUCAAACUACAGUGUGACUAUACCAACACCAGGUGUUGUUUUGGACACCGACGAUCCAGAACCAUAUCAGAUGGAAGCAACUGACGACCCCCCUAGGCCCUGUUCUUUGCCAUCCUUGCACUCAAAACGAGCCCAUCCAGCGUCCAUCAAUUGUUCCUAGACCACAACACCUUACCAAACGCCCAGCCAUGUAUGUGUCACCUUUUAAAGGUGAUCCACAACGAGCAAAAGUUCCUAUGUCAAAGGCACUUGCUGUAAGGAAGAAGUUCCACCCUCACCUAAAGUGUUUAAGUGAUGUGUUCAUCCGCUACGGUCUGAAAGAAUUCAAUGGAGAAGAAAUAUUCGAAUCGUUCGUUGAUGACGAAUGGCUUUCAACCAAAUUCAUGUCCUACUUUGUUGCUUGCUUGAGCCAUGAUGAAUCAAUCCACAUGGCUGAGGGUGCUAGAUACAGGGUCUUCCUAUCUCCAGAGAUUGGGGAAUAUGUAAAUAUAGAGGAAGAUGAGGAAUUUUCCCAGUGGGAUUCUCCACCGGCCCUAGCCAUUUUAUAGCGUGACAUUGAGCAUGUCGACCCAACCAAAGUAAAGCUUUUCUUUUUGCCAGUGAUGGAGGAGGACCACUAUAUUGUCUACUGCAUCAAUUUCAUUCACGAUCGGAUAGAUGUACUUGAUUCUAGUCCAGAAGACCACACAAUUUAUCAUAAUGUUCUUGGUGACCGGAUCAUUCGAAGGCUUAAUCUCCUAUUCCAGCUGGCCAUGGAUUAUAGAGUCAAGCAGUUUACUCGAUUCAAGCGCCCAAUAAUUGACGUAUGUAUGCACUCACACGAGAACGAUUGUGGAUUCUUUACAAUCAAGUUCAUGGAGCUUUGGAAUGGUGAAUCUUUACAUGUUCCCAUCCUCACGGUCUGAGCUCUUAUUCUACGGCCUCUACCAUCCACUGAACACUAUCAAGAAGCUCCCUGCUGGACUAGAAGCAUAUAGGCAUCGUCUGUGACCCUCCUGUCUCCUCCAAAUUAUCGUCGAAAUAUGUGUGCAAGUGAACAAGUCUGUUAUCAAUUUUUUCCCACUAGGACAAGACUGAGUUGUCCCAGGGUUGUCAGUUACUGUAUUGGAGUAAUUAUAGUUAUCUAUAAAAAAUUCUAGAAUACUAUGCCCAUAUCUAUGGCAUGGAAAUACUACUUUUUAAUGUUAAUUAUCAUGAUUCUGUACCAAUCUACUAUCUUGUAUUAUAAGUUACUGCAAUAAGAUGCCUAAUUACCAUAACUUA